AUGAUUUUCUCCGACUGGGUGAUGCAGCUCAGCGCUGCGGCCUUGUUUCUGGCGCUUCCCAAGUCCGUCGCGAGCACAAGCGAUCUCUCGGUGCCUCCAUGGGCCGGAAGUCCAGUGGCACCUAAGAACACUGGGAAAACCUGUACCGUGAUACCUUUAGGAGACAAGCAAGAUGACGUCCCACAAAUCUUGGCUGCGUUCAAAGAAUGCAACCAUGGUGGCCGGAUCGUCUUCCCCGAAGGCCAUACGUAUUGGAUUGCACAGAAGCUCAACCCAGUCAUCACGGAUGUCACAGUGGACUGGAAAGGCACAUGGCUCUUCUCCGAUGAUAUAGAAAAGUGGCGUAAUAACACCUAUUGGAUCGAAUUCCAGAAUCACUGGACCGCCUUUGCUCUAAGUGGGCAGCGAAUCCAUAUCAAUGGGCAUGGCACUGGUGGAAUCGAUGGCUCGGGGAAUUCGUGGUACAAUGUCGAGAAGACUUUCACUCAACCUGGCCGACCGAUGGCCUUCACUCCAUGGAACGUGACUGAUCUACAUGUUGAGCACUUGUUCGACGACAUUGUCGUUAACUCGACCGCCGUCAAUGCCCCCUGGGGCACGAAUUGGGUUCAGAACACCGAUGGCUUUGACACUAUGGAUUCGCGCAAUAUCUCCCUGACCAACUUUAUAUAUCAAGGCAAGUGCAUUUUGAGGCCAUAA